AUGCGUUUUCUAGGUGGUAUUCUCCUGGUUGUGGCUAUCCUGCCCGCCACUGUGAUCGCCAGCGCGUCCAGCGCGUCCAGCGCGGCGCAAUUGACGGCCAGUCUACCACCAUGUGCGCUGCUGUGCAUGAAAUCUUCUUUAUCAGAAGCCUCAUGUGCACCUACCGAUCAGAAAUGUCUCUGUACGGAUGCUAAAUACACGGCAGCUCUAGAGAGUUGUGUCGUCGCUAGUUGCACCAUUCGUCAAUCUUUGACUACCAAAAAUGUCACUACGAUGGCAUGCGACGCCCCCGUACGAGAUCGAACGAAAAUUGUUUCUUAUGCUGGAGUCGCAGGUGGCAUCAUCGCUCUUGUUGCUUUUAUACUUCGCAUGAUAGCGCGUUUGAGAUGUUGUGGUGGUACCUUUGGCUGGGAUGACUGGACUAUGGCUCUAACAAUGGCGCUCGUCAUCCCACUAUCGGCACUUUCAGCUGUUUUGGCAGACACUGGCCUGGGGAGAGAUAUGUGGACACUCCCUUUUGACAAUGUCACCCACAUUCUUUAUCUUUAUUUCUGGGAUGAGUUGAUAUAUCUCAGCAUAUUACCUAUGACUAAAAUUUCGAUAUGUUGCUUCUAUCUUCGCAUUUUUCCUGAACGGCAAUUCCGGAAUGUGACCUAUGUUGUCAUUGGGCUCAAUGUCUGUUACCUGAUUGUCUUUGUCUUGAUUUCAGUAUUCCAGUGCAGCCCACUCCCUGGCGCAUGGCUUCACUGGGACGGCGAAGGUGAUUAUAAGUGCAACCAUAUCAAUGCGCAGGGCUGGGCGGCGGCGGCAAUCAACAUGCUUUUCGAUGUGAUUGUCAUGGUUUUGCCACUGCGGCAACUCUGGAACUUAAACCUUUCCUUGCGAAAGAAGGCUUUUGUUAUGUGCAUGUUCAGCCUUGGUAUCUUCGUUACACUCGUCAGCAUCCUUCGCUUGAACUCCCUCAUACAUUUCGCAUCGACCGAGAACCUAACUUGGGACUAUGUGGGUAUCGGUUAUUGGAGCACGAUUGAAUGCGACGUUGGUGUCAUUUGUGCCUGUCUGCCCGCAAUUCGCUCUUUACUUCGGCGUGUUUCUCCGAAACUUUUCGGAGAUACUGAACACACCAAGUCAUACGGCAUGAAUUCUCAUUCUCGAGGAAACGGUUCUCGGCUUGAAAACUCAAUUCAUGUUCAGAACAGCUUUCAAGUCCAAAGCAAAAGUGACUCCAGAAACUUCCAUCCACUGGAUGAUAUGGAAAAUUCCAGUCAAGCUAAUUUACAUCAAGAUCGUCAUGUUUGA